AUGGAUUCACUUAAAAAGUCGUUACUGGAAUUAACUGAGACUUUUAACACACGCAUGGCAGAAUUUCAAAAAGAUCUGAAAGCAGUUUCACCCGCUACAAGUCCAACGUCAAAUAUAAAUGCACAGUUCCUGACAUUCCAAACAUUCGUCUUGUCUGCCCUCGAGAGUCUCCAGGUACAGGUUGAGUUACUUACAAUGCAGCAAGAUGAAUUUGAGAUGAGAUCCCGGAGGAAAAUAAUUUUAAUUCACGGUGUGCCCGAAGAAAAAAAGGAAAAUACUUCUUCGCUUGUAACAAAAAUACUGUCUGAGCAUUUCAAAUUUUCACAGUUUUCUCCUUCUGACUACACCCGCUGCCAUCGUCUCGGAUCCUCUGCUGGAAACAAACCACGUGCAAUUCUUGUCAGGUUUAAAGAUGCGUCACUGCGGGAUAAGCUCUGGUCUUCUAAGACGAGUUUGAAAGGUACAGGAAUAACAUUAUCUGAGUUCCUCACUAAGACCCGGCAUGAAGCAUUUGUACUGGCACGAAGACUUUUUGGAAUUAGGCAGUGCUGGACAAAAGACGGCUGCAUAAUUGUGUUAGAUGCCGAGGGAUCCCGUCAUCGUGUGGUGUCGGUGUCGGAAGUAAAUGCUAUACAGCGUCCAGUGGAAGAUACUUCUGAACCAUCCACGGUACCGGCGAGCUCAGCAACUAUCCCAAAAGGCAGUAAGGUGCCUUCGUAUACUACGAGACCCAAAAGGGUCGUCAAGACAUAA